ACGGCUGUGGUCGGGGAACUUCAAUUUCGGAUGUGACCGCAAGCGGCGGCGGCGGGCCGGGCGCGAGGCGGCCGUUAGGCUGGCAGGUAAAGAAGAUAGUGUGCUGCUAUCCAGUUGUGCCAGGUGAUCUCAUUUUACCAGUCUUCAAGACUUUUAUCGGAGUUAAAGUGUAAAUUGUGACAAUGACAACUGAAGUUGGCUCCGAGACUGAAGUAAAGAAAGAUUCUGAGCAGGCGGGAGCAGACAAAGCCAAGGACAAGCCUGAAGAGGCAUCAGAUACUCCAGAAAAUCAAAAGUCCAGAAAAGCAUCCUCUGAAGAAGCUUUAGAUUCUUCCUCUGUCCCAGUGCCAACUAGCCAAAGCAGUCCAAGGAGCCAGAAGAAAGAAAAGGAUUCAUCUGAAAGCAAGGGAAUUUCUCGUUUCCUGCCCCCAUGGCUUAAGAAACAAAAAUCCUACACCUUGUCAGAGCCCAAAGAUGAGGCUAAGAAAAAGGCUGUAGGAGAAGACCAAGCAAUUGAAGAAAGUGAAUGCCAGCUUCCAGGGGAGGUGGCUCAGCCAAAAAGGAGCUUAGAAGAAGCAGCAACAGAAAAUCAGCAUAAUGCUAAAGCAGAUGAGAAAGAAGAAAAACACUCUGUUAGCAGUGCUGAAACACAGCCUGCGAAGGAAGAUGGUAAAGAAAUGGAAGUUGAAAAAGUUGCUGAGGAAAAGGAAAAACAAGUAGAAAAAGAAAAAAGGGAGACCAAAGAGGUACAGACUGGUGAAAUUAAAAUGGAGAACAUUCCCCAGAAGUCUCCCAAGAAAAUUAAAACUGUGCAGUGUAAAGUGGUGCUCCUGGAUGGCACAGAAUACAGCUGUGAUAUAGAGAAAAGGGCAAAAGGCCAGCUACUGUUCGACAGAGUAUGUGAACAUCUCAAUUUACUGGAAAAAGACUAUUUUGGUCUGUUGUUUUAUGAGAAUUCCGAUCAGAAGAACUGGCUAGAUCCUUCAAAGGAAAUUAAGAGACAAAUUCGAAGUUUACCUUGGCUAUUCACCUUUAAUGUGAAGUUUUAUCCUCCUGAUCCUUCACAGCUUACUGAAGACAUCACCAGAUAUUUCUUGUGCCUGCAGCUUCGUCAGGAUAUUGCUUCUGGUCGACUGCCAUGUUCUUUUGUGACUCAUGCCCUCCUUGGUUCAUAUACUCUGCAGGCUGAACUAGGUGAUCAUGAUCCAGAGGAGCACUGCAGUGAUUAUAUAAAUGAAUUCCAGUUUGCGCCCAAUCAAACUCAAGAAAUGGAAGAGAAAGUAGUUGAGCUACACAAAACACAUAGGGGCUUGACUCCAGCACAGGCAGAUUCUCAAUUCCUGGAAAAUGCCAAGAGACUCUCCAUGUAUGGAGUGGAUUUACAUCAUGCCAAGGAUUCUGAAGGUGUGGAUAUCAUGCUGGGUGUGUGUGCUAAUGGACUGCUCAUUUACAAAGACAGACUACGCAUCAACCGCUUUGCUUGGCCAAAAAUUCUUAAAAUUUCCUAUAAGCGAAGUAAUUUCUACAUCAAAGUCAGGCCAGCAGAACUGGAACAGUUCGAGAGCACUAUUGGGUUCAAACUGCCAAACCAUCGUGCUGCUAAAAGGUUGUGGAAGGUUUGUGUGGAGCACCAUACUUUCUUCAGACUUAUAUCACCAGAGCAGCCACCAAAAGCAAAAUUUUUGACCUUGGGUUCAAAGUUCCGCUACAGUGGACGUACACAAGCACAGACGCAACAGGCUAGCAACCUCAUAGACAGACCAGCUCCAUACUUUGAGCGCACGUCAAGCAAACGUAUUUCUAGAAGCCUUGAUGGAGCUCCCAUACGUAUCUCAGACCAAAGUCUGCUAAGGGACUUCCCUACUGCCAGAGGGGGACCUGCUGGAGAUAAAGUCAUUGACAUUGAAGGUGCUGGUCAAGCCAAGUUAAAAGAAGGCAGCAGAGAAGAAAAUGGAAGCCCGGUCAAAACUCCACAGUUAGAAUUGAUUCAGGAUGGAAAGAAUUUAUUUCUUCAGCUCACUCACAUACACCCACCAUCACUGCCCAUUCAUUGUGUGUCAUCCCAUCUCACAAACCUGUCACCUGUCCCUGAGAUGGACAUGGUUUCAGAUAUUUCAGAGGAAGAUCCCUUUGGGGAGCCCAUCCUUACCAUUCCAGAUAUCUUGGAGUGCAGUUCUGUGAAAGAAACACUAGAUCAUAAUAAAAAAGAAACAGCUUUACAAAAUAGUAGUUUUGAAUGUAUGAGGCCACUAGCUAGUCAAUGCCUUCCUAUAAUGGAGGAAACAAUCCAUAAAACAGACUACAAAAACACUGAGUUUUGCAUCUCAUUCAGCUUUACCAGAUGCUUUCCUUUUAGCUUCCAUUCGCUGCUUGAUGAGGAUGGUUAUAUCAGUUUUCCUAGCCUUCCUGAUGUUUGCAUCUCUUUUCUCCCACCUGGCCUUCAGCACUAUGUUCCUAUUACCUCUCCUUCCUUCAUCCCCUCUUUUCUCCUUAUAUUUGUGCUGCUUUUCUCUGCUUUCCAUUCAAUUCCCUUAUCACUCAUAUUUUCCUUUCCUCUUGCUCUGUCCCUCUGCUACCUGGAGCCUAAGGCAACUUCAUUUAGCACCUCUUAUGACAAUGACCUGAAUGACAAAGCAGAGGAAGAGGAGCUGGAAUCUGAAGAGGAGGAAGCACAGCAGAAGGACCUGGAUAAGACCCAGGACGACUUACUGAAACACCAGGCUAGCAUUAGUGAGCUCAAGCGCAAUUUCAUGGAGUCCACACCUGAACCUCGCCCAAAUGAGUGGGAAAAGCGGCGUAUCGCACCUCUGUCCCUACCGGCGCCUGGGAAAAAAGGAGACUACAUUUUCCAAGUGAAAACGUUGCCUGUGAAGGAGAAGCAAUGGACUGCAAUGCCAUGGAUUGCUGAAGCAAAACCAGAGAAGACUGACAAGAGCCUAGAAGAAGAAAUAACGUCAAUUUUGUGUAGUAAGGAGGGCUUUUCCUUCGCCGCCGCCGGCGCGCCGACAGCAGAGGGCGCUGCCGGGAAGGCCGAGGCCGCCGCCGCGCCGCCGCCCCAGAGACAUGGUUCCAGAAAAGAAGGGCCUUGCGCUGGAGUCAGCGAUGCUGAUAAGAGUUCACAUGAGACUCUGGACAUAGUGGAGGAGAAGAAGCAGGCAGAGGUUGGGAGAGAAGAAACAGUAGUCAUAGACGAAACCAACAAAGGGAAAAUGCAAGUUGCCACUGAUGCUGGGGAAACAUGUAAGGUGGAGCACCUGUCAAAAAAGGACUCAUCAUCAUUGCCAUCAGAUAGUAGCAGCAGCAGUAGUAGUGAGAGUGAGGAUGAAGAGGUGGGAGAAUACCAUCCACAUCAUAGGGCAAUUGAGGAAGUCAUCAGGGAAGAACAAGAAGAAGAAGAUGAUACAAACAGAAAAAAAGAGCAUGAAGAAAAGAUAAUGCAGCAUGUAGAAGCUACAGCAGAAGGCAGUAAGCUAAAUGUACCAGCUGAGCACACAGCUAAAGUUACGGCUGAAUCUUUGGUCCAGGAAAAUGCAGUUACCAUAGCUACAGAAGAGAAGAAUUUCUCAGAGGAGAUGAAGCAAGACUUAGGUGAAGAAAAAGAGGAAGAACAACUCAGACUGAAUGGAGAUGUGUCUCAUGUUGACAUUGAUGUUGCACCACAAAUAAUUUGUUGUUCAGAGCCUCCAGUAGUGAAAACGGAGAUGGUAACCAUUUCAGAUGCUGCACAGAGAACUGAAAUUUCCACUAAGGAAGUUCCAAUUGUUCAAACAGAGACUAAAACCAUCACAUAUGAAUCUCCACAGUUUGAUGGCAGUACGAGUGGCAAUGCUGGUGUGCUGCUGAGUGCACAGACAAUUACAUCAGAAUCAAUUUCUACUACCACAACUACACACAUCACAAAGAUGGUAAAAGGUGGGGUAUCAGAAACAAGAAUUGAGAAGCGCAUUGUCAUUACUGGAGAUGCAGAUAUUGACCAUGAUGAGGCCCUGGCACAAGCAAUCAAAGAAGCCAAAGAACAGCACCCUGACAUGUCUGUCACAAGAGUAGUGGUGCACAAAGAAACUGAACUUGCAGAGGAAGAUGAAGAGUAAAAUCAAAAUGUCAUCAGGCAAGUAUUUCAG